AAGCCCAUUGGCAGAGAGCUCAUCUGACUGCGGACAGAGAUUUUUUUUAAUCCGUGCUGCAACGCGAGCUCGGCUCUGAAACAGUGCGCGUGGAAUGAAGCCACGCACGCGCUGCACAUCGAAAAAGACGCGCGUGACGACUUUUCAUCGGCUGCAGCCACGGCCGUCGACAUGAGCCGCCGUUUCGGUAUGAUCGGGGGCUACGAGACCGCGGCCGCCGUACUGAUAAUCAUAUUCGCCUCGCUGUCAGUAUGGGGCGCGUUUCUCAUUUACCGAGCCGUUAAAGGUCAACGAAGGGAAAGGUGCAGCGAAGAGAACACGGACGAAACGGAAAAGGAAGCAGCGAGACGAGGAGGAGGAGGAGAAGAUGAAGAUGAAUGGAGCAAGUCAACAGGAAGUGAUGAUGGAAGCUCUGAGGACUGGGAUGUGGAUUCCCGUGAAACAAUAAUCCUGUCUCAUGCAAACCAUGCACAGACAUCUAUAGACCUUCUGGAGGAAAACCUGGGAAAAACCUCCCAUGAGAACAGGAAAGACCCAACUGGUUCCACAAUCCGAAACCCUACUGGAACUGGUAAGGACCAUAUGAGAUGCAGGCAUGAUGUCUGUGAUACUGCAGAGAGUAUUAGUGUGCAGUCAGAUUUGUUUGUUUUUCAAGACAACGGUAGCAGACCCUCUGAAGACAAGCCUGAGAACAGUUUGAAGGAAAAUACCCUUGAUGAUGAAGAAUCUGAGAUCGAACCGCACGCAGAUGUGGAUGAGCCGUCUGAAACGGAGAGUGCCCAGGAGAUUAUGGAAGCCAAAAAUCUCCCUGUUCAAAAGUGCCAGUCUGUGGAAGAUCUGUUAGACAACACACUCUUAGUGCAAGACAUUAUGAACAAGCCUAGUGAGGAGGAGAUAAUUGUCGCUGACACAGUGUUGAAUAUUUCGUCUGAUACCACAAGUUCAGAAGCUCUGCAUGAAAAGAUAAAGAUGGAAGACACUGAGGUAAAAACCAAAGCUUUUGAGACGAGCAUUUCUCUGAUCAAUGACCUUGACUCCUACUGCUAUGAUGAUCCCUUGAAUAAUUUGGCGUCUGAGAAAAUCAAGCCUAAGAUGGAUGUCAAAAGCCAUCAGGACUUCAACGGCAGUCUCAACAGCUUGCAGACAACAGUGAGCCACACUGAUAACAGUCUGAGCAACACAUUUGACCAUAUUCUCAGAAAUCCACCACAGAACUACCUGGGCUUUACUGUAGCUGGUUUGCAAGGGGAUUCAUUAGCACCUCUGCGACUCGCAGAACAGAGCAAGGAUAGAACGGAGGUCACGCCAGCAGACGUGAGCCAGAAGAAGAAUGAGAUCAGCAUUAUGGAGGCCAUAAUGGACAGCAAUGAGUGGCUGAGCACUGGACCACCAGAUACCAGAGACCUGCCCUGGCUGACUCAGACUCAGAAUAAGAGUGGUUGUGGAUUCAAAGCCGACGUUUCUUCAUCUCCAGUUCCAUCUUCUGCCGCUUCUGUGCUUCCUUCCGAUAUGAUGUCACACCGAGGCAAGACAGAUGUGCCAGAGGACGCCACCACUGCUGUGGCUAAGGAUGAAGUAGAUCUGUUGAACAAGAAAGUAGGAACAGUGUUGCCAAUGCCACAGCUUGUGAAGGUCAGCUUCAGGGUGCACUACAUCACACACUCCCCCAAUCAGAUUCUGGCUGUAACUGGGAACCAGCAGGAGCUCGGGUCCUGGGAGAGCUUUGUUCCUCUGAGGAGUGUUGAGAAUGGGUUUUGGUUCUGCAGCGUCAGUCUCCCCUUGGACAGCCAGGUCGAGUGGAAAUUUAUCCUGGUAGAGGACGGAAAGAUCCAGCGCUGGGAGGAGUGUGAAAACCGCUGUUUCGUAGUGACUGGGCAAGACGAGGAGAUUCAUCUGGAUAAGAACUGGGGGUACGCGUGAACCAAAAGUAUAUCAGUGACAUUCUAUAUAGCAAUAAUAUUCAUCACAGGUGCAUUAUUUCAAACAGAUGUUAGCAUAAAUAUGAUGCAUGAGGCUGUGAUACUGUUAAUGUAGCAAUAAUACUACCAAUAUGCACAUUUUCACCUUCGAUCAGUGAUUAGCUUGUAUGUCGAUUUGGAUAUGCUUGUGUUGACAGCGUUCGUCCUGUGGCUCUUACCAGCAAUAAUUAUAUUUAGGUGUCCUACACUACUCAGAGAAAUGGUUUAUUUUCCAGUGACUUGUCUAUUAUAGUUGUUAUGCAAUGUCAUUUUGCCAAAUAAUGAAUUGUAUGCAGGGAUGGAAAAUACUUGAGUAAUUGUACUUCUUGACCAUACUUAAGUAUUACUUUGGGCUAUUUAUACUUUGCUUGAGUGUUAGUGAAGUUUGUCCUCUUAAUAUUUUUGCACCUUGCAUGUUUAUUCAGAUUCGCAAACCAUUUGUUUGGUCUCUUCGCUCAUCCAGCAAUCAACUGUAGGCAGUUUAGAAAUCAAAACAGGCUGAACUGAAUCAAUUGAAUAGCGUUAAUGCUAAUAAUGUCUCUGGACAUGGAUUAGUAUCCAGACUGCAGUGUUGAUCAUGAGGAUGAGCACUCUUACCUCUGAACUAAACUAAGACUCGUGUACAGUGAGGUGUCGUCUUUGCCUCUCAAAAAAGAUAAGCCUGUUAAGGUAAGUUUGGCAAAUUUGCUAAUAUUACCUGUGUGUUUUUAGCUUAGUUAUCUUGUUUUCUUGGCUUAUGCCAGGUUAGACUAGUAGUAACUCCAGCAGCUAACAAUUUGGAUCAGCUAAAAGUUAGAUUCUCGCUAAUGGUACAUAUCGGUUAUUUAUGUAUUAGUUUACUAAUUAUUUAAUUAGCAAACUAUGUAGUGUUAGUCAAGCAUAUUGUGCAUGAUGAGCUCUUAAAUGGGACAGCAAAUAUUUACCUUUUAAUACUCAAGUACAUUUUAAAAAUAGUUUAAUACUUUCUUACUUUUUGGCUUCCAGUAAGAACCAUUCAUACGUUCACUGAAGUAUAAUUUCUUAGUACUUUUCCACCCCUGUUUCUCUAAAUAUUAGAUUAUUUUGUAUGUAAGCUUAUCAGAAAUCCUUCUGUGUAACAAAAGUAGCAUCAGUAGUCCUCAAGUACGCUAAUCGGUAUUUGCACAAACUCGCUCAGCACUCGGUUUUUCCUCAUGUCGUAACCUUGUUCGCAAAUCAGGUCUGCAUGUCCGCGUCGAUGUUUAUGUAAUCAGGGAACGACUUGUGUUGCGAUUGUGGAUCAGCAGUGAGCUACUCAUACAGCUAAAACCCAUUUUCUUCUGGCUUCCUGAGCAACCUGGUAGCACCAUGUUGAUUCUGCCUGCAAUCUGGUUUCGUGAAAGACGAUGUCUGUUCGGUAGAUGAGCUAAGAGUUAGUUCCUUUACCUCUGUUCUGUUAGAGGCUGGCAGUUAUCUGAGUGUCCAGGAGGAAAACAAAGCAACAAAAAUGCAGAUCCAAAAAUACUAGCAUAUUUAAAAUAACAAGAAUGCAAAUUUAGAAGCGCAAAUAAAACAAUAAGAAGAGUAUUUAAACUGGAAAGCUAGUCUUUAAGAGAAACAAAUAGUUUCUGUACAAGUUUGAGGAGUUAACAAAACACGAAUGAUUUGGCCGUGUUUACUGACGCACUUCUUGGUGCUCGUCGAUCUGAAUGUGAGUGAAAAUUUCGGAAGACUGGAUUUCAGUGGCUUUAAAAUAUAACAAAUAAUGCAUUUAUUUUAUUACCACAACUUUGCCUUAUAAAAUCUCACAAUGUGCUGCAGUGUUUAGUCGUAGUGUUUUCUAUUGUAAAUAUGUGUGUUUAUGUAAGCAUCCAAUUCGCUUUUGAAAUAAAAUAAAAUAAAUGAAUGAAUCAAACCUCACAGGUUAUGUUUCUUGUCAUGUUUGGGUUCAUAUUUAGUAUAUUGUCAAUUAAGGUAUUUAAUGGACAAUCAAUUUAAACUAAGCUGAUUGGUUUAAACAUACGACUCAGUAGUGUACUUUGAACGUUACAUUUCCGAUACAGAGUUAGCUUAGAGGUUAGCACAUAACUCCAGGGUUGGGGGUCUAGGGUUUGGUUCCCACCUCUGCCCUGUGUGUGCAGUUUGUGUGUUCUGCCUUUGCUUUGGAGGUUUCCUCAGAAUAGUCUAGUUUCCUUAUCCAUAGAGGUACUUUUCAGGCUGACUGACCUCUCUAAAUUGUCUGAUGGGUUGGUACCCUGUCCUGGUUGUGCCCCCAAUCUCCUGGGAUAGACUCCAGGUUCCUUAAGACCCUGUGUAGGAUAGGUGAUACAGAUGUAGACCAAAUGAAGUCACUGACUAUUAAUUUAUGCUAUAGGUCCCUAGUGAUGUUUUAGAGUAAGUCUCUAUUAAGGCAAUUGAGUGUUGACGACAACAUAAUCAUUUAGCAUACAGUCUACAGUAGGCGUGUUUCAUAUCCACAGCGUGUGAAGUGCAUAUCAUUGAACAGAGUUUCUAGCCCGCUACAAAAAUGUCUUGAAAACAGCAGGAAAAGUUCAGGCACUGAAAUGCGUUUUUCAUCUUUCUCUAGGCCAUUGCACAGGAAAGAAGGUCACCACUGGAUACAUGUACAUCUGAUGUUUUGAAUAUUAUUCACUCCAUAAUCACCCCAAUCUUUGUGAUAUGAUUUACAUAGAAUUGAAAUGGUUCUAUCCAUCAUAAACACACUGUCUGCACUAAUACUUUGCCUUAAUAGAUAUGCAUUCGAUUUUAUUCUGAUUAUUGGUGGUAAAACAAGAUCUUGGAGUAUUUUUAAUCUAGCUGUCCUUAACUCAAAAUGUUCACACAUGGGGCAGUGUGAGUCGCUCCCCACUGGACUUCUAUAAAUGCUACUCCCAUUUUGGCCACUAGGUGCAGUAAUGAUGAAGCUCUAUGGAGCUAAGAGGAAUGUGAGUUCACAGUGACAAAUCAAUAAUGGAACAUUUAGCUUGUAUAUUUGUAAUAAUUGGUCACUUAAAAUAGGUAAUUAGUAUUGCAAUGGUCGUGUAUGAAUGCUUUAUGAAGAAGCUCUAUUCCAGCUGUCCCUACAGACUUCCUGUAUAGUUAUAUAACUCAUUCCAAGAUUCAAGAAUCAUAACAAGCUCCAAAUGCCCUCCCUAAUGCAAAUUAAACAUUAAUCAUGCCCUGUUAACUACCAGUAACUCAUUAGCGCAUAGAUUCAGGCUGCCACUUGCUGGCUUUGAGUCAGAAAGCUGGAGAAUUUACUGCUUUACUUGUGCAAACUGCACAGCAUCUCACGGUGAAAGCAAAUCAUUUCAGUGUGCUUUAAGGUGAUUACAUUAAGAAUUAUUAUCAUGGUGUUUUUUUUUUUAAAUCUCAUUAGCUUCUUGAUAGACUUGUUUA